AUGGCUGGAUCCAACUGCCCGCUUACGGUUCAUGCUGUUGCAGCUAAUGGUGAGGUUAAGGAAGAAACUACGGAGAUUUUCAUUGUUGUAAUUGAUGGAAACGAUAAUAAGCCCAUCUUCACCCAAAACCCUUUCCUUGGCAGUGUUGCAGAAGCUUCACCUCGAGAUUUUGAGUUCAUGGUAGCGAAUGCUACAGACGCAGACGAUCCUGACAGUGACCAUGCAGACAUCAGAUACUCCAUCAUCAGCCAGACUCCACCACAGCCAGAUCCAAACAUGUUCAUCAUUAACCCGAUUACUGGAGGGAUUAGAGUGAACUCUGAUGAACUGGACAGAGAGACUUAUCCUGAGUACAUCUUGCUGAUCCAAGCUGCAGAUAUGAUGGGUGAUGGCCUCGUCACCACUGGAACAGCUGUUAUUACUGUAACUGAUAUCAACGACCACGCACCACAGUUUGAAAAGACCUUGUACACUGCAUCAGUCCCGGAGAAUAAAGUAGGAUCUGUGGUGGUGAAGAUACCAGUGACUGAUGGAGAUGAUCCUCAGACUCCUGCCUGGACGGCCAACUUCAGGAUCUUUAGUGGAAACAGUGGUGGAUUUUUCAGCAUUAGCACAGGACCCAACAAACAGGAGGGCAUCAUUACUACUGUUAAGCCAUUGGACUUUGAACAGACCAACAAGUACACUCUGCUGGUGAUCACAGAGAAUGAUGUUCCAUUUGCCAAACCCCUCCCUACAUCCACUGCUACAGUCAUCGUGAAUGUUCAGGAUGUAAAUGAGGCGCCAGUGUUCGACCCAGCGGAGACCAUCAUUUCUAAACCUGAAGAUCUGGAAGUUGGUACUGAACUAACCGUUUACACCGCCACUGAUCCAGACACAGCGAGAGCUCAGACAGUGACAUACCGUGUAUCUAAUGAAGAUCGUUCUGGCUGGGUGAGUAUUGACCGAGACACUGGACUGAUCAGAGUGAAGAGCUCCAUGGACAGAGAAUCUCCUUUAGUGAAAGAUGGGAAAUUUAAAGUUCUGAUCUUGGCUGUGGAUGAUGAUGAAGUUCCAGCUACAGGUACAGGAACCCUGGUGAUCGAGCUGGAAGAUGUGAACGAUAACGCUCCCGUUAUUGAAGAGAGGGAGAUCACAGUGUGCAGUAAGAACUCUGUUCCAGUCUCACUCUCUGUAACAGAUGAGGAUGGGUCUGGUUUUGCUGCUCCGUUCACUGUUGAACUCCAUGAAGAGAGCAGGAAUAACUGGACUGCUGGGAUGGACGACUCAAAUACUAAAAUUCUACUUACGCUUAAGACUGCAAUACAACAGGGAAAAUACAGUGUGGUUCUGAGGGUGUAUGAUUCCAGCCUCCACAGCCAAGACAGCACUAUCAUUACCACUGUAUGUGACUGCACUGGAGAGGACGUCUGGUGCUCAGACAGGGAAAUUUCAGGCUUCGGCCUAUCACCCAUCCUUGGAAUUCUGGGGGCUUCACUGGCUUUGCUAAUUCUGGUCCUAUUGCUACUCCUGUUCCUGAGGAAGAAGAGAUCAGCAUCCUUUUUUGAUGAUAACCUGAAGGCGGCUGAUGACGACCCCAAAGCUCCACCUUACGACUCUCUGCUGGUGUUUGACUAUGAAGGGUGCGGUUCAGAGGAUGGCAGUAUCAGCUCUCUGAACUCCUCAGACUCUGGAUGAUCGGGGUCCACGCUUUAAGAAGCUCUCUGACGUGUACGGAGGAGGAGAUGAGCUGUGAGGAGAUUACUGCAGAUAAAUCCAUCACUCAGAAUGAUGCACAUGGAUUAAUAAAUGCAUUGAUAUAUGUAUUAGUGCCACAUAAAAAGAGGCAGUUCUGCUGUGUAAUAUUAUACCGGUGCCAAUGAUUGUGAGAAAUUACAUUUGCAUUAAAUUCUGAACAAAAAUUACAAUUACAUUCACAUGCACUGGUAAAUAGAAAACAAAUGUAUAGCUACUGUAACUGUUUUGGCAAAAAUGUGAAGUAUAUGCAUAUGUUUACUUUGGGGCAAAAGUAGGCUUUUUGAUAGCUUUAAAGAUCUUUUGUGCAUUUAUACACAUACAUUUAACAGUCAGUGAUCAAUAAUCUUCUGAACAUUUUGUUCUAGCUUAUUUUAUACGCCUUUUCUAAAAUUCCUGCCAUUUUUUUGAACAGUGUAGAAAAGCAUUGUGGUGUAACCAUUUUUUAUUUUGUGUGUUAUUUUUAUAUAUUACAUACAAAACAUUUUAUAUUAUAUAUUACUCUUUAUUACUCAUUCUGUUUAACUUUUUGGAUGAUGGAGCUGUAUCUGUCUGUAAUGAGAGCCAGUGAAACACAGUUAUUGUAUUAGAGUGUGGGGCUGUGAGGUUAAUCAAAAUAUCAAUUUGAUUAAUGGAAUUGUUUUCUUAAUGUAAUUUUUAAAAUGUGAUAAUGGAGAUUGUACAUCUUUACAUAUAUUUACAUAUUUUACUAUUUUCCUUAACUGAAAAAAACAUUUGUAAAAAAAAAAAAAAAAUGAAAUGAAAUGUAAAUGGAAACAAUAGCUUGUGUACAACUUUAAAUGUUAAUGUUUUAUUUUCUAAAACCCAUCACAUAUUUGAAGAAUAUUGCAUUUUUUUUCCUACUCAAGGAAUUAAACCUAGUCUUGAUCUGCACAGCAUUUUAAAACAAUGUUAGAGAUUUUCUACUGAAAAUUUACCCUCAACAUUUUAAGGAUAGUGUGUGUGGUUUUACAUUAUUAAAUAUAAUCAUUGCAAAAACACAAAACUUUAUUGUUAAAAA